AUGGAGCCGCUCCUCGCGAGCGAGCACGCGCGGCCGGCGCCGGGCGCCCUCCAGGACGCGAAGCUGACGCACGGCACGCCGCCGUCCGUCGUCUGCCGCGACCUCCGGAAGGUCUACGGCGGCAAGGCCGUCGUCGACGACCUCAGCCUCGACAUGUACGAGGGCGAGAUCUUCUCGCUGCUGGGCCACAACGGCGCGGGCAAGUCGACGACCUGCGGCCUCCUGACGGGCAUCGUCGCGAGCGACUCGAAGCGCGACGACGGCGGCGCGGUCGUCUACGGCCACGGCAUCCGCGGCGGCAUGACGGCCGUGCGCCAGCUCGCGGGCUUCUGCCCCCAGCACGACUGCCUCUUCGAGAAGCUGUCCUGCUACGAGCACGUCGUCUUCUUCGGGCGGCUCAAGGGGCGGGCCCAGGCGGACGCGGAGCGCGCGGCCGCGGACCUCCUCGACCGGUUCCGCCUGGGCGACCGGCGGAGCCACCUGGCCUGCGAGCUGUCCGGCGGCAUGCGGCGCAAGCUGUCGACGGCCAUCGCCCUCUGCGGCGGGUCCAAGUUCGCGCUGCUCGACGAGCCGACCGCGGGCAUGGACGCCUUGGCGCGCCGCGAGCUCUGGGACCUGCUCGCCGCCGUGAAGCGGGACCGCACGGUCCUGCUGACGACGCACUACAUGGACGAGGCCGACGCCCUGGGCGACCGCAUCGGCAUCAUGGUCUCCGGCGUGCUGCGGUGCUGCGGGACGUCCCAGUUCCUCAAGCAGUACUACGGCGCGGGCUACCGCGUCGUCUGCGAGCGCGACAAAAACGCCGCGGCGCCGUCCCUGCGCAAGUUCGACGAGCUCCUCGCGCGCAAGCUCGGCGAGGGCGCGAAGCGCCUCACCGAAGGCGCCGAGGCCGCCCACGACGACGUCAUCGUCGCCACGCUGCCGUCGACGGCGCUGCCGCACUUUGCUCGGUUCUUCGACGCGCUCGAGUCGCAGAAGCGCAAGCUCGAGAUCGCGUCCUACGGCGUCGCCGUGUCGACGCUCGAGGACGUCUUCCUGAAACGUCGCGAAGCGCUCCAAGGCCGACGCCUUCAACGCCCUCUUCCCCAUCCUCGGCUUCUUCGCGACGACGACGUCCGCGCGGAGCGCCAGGCCGUGCUCGCGACGCCCGACGGGCCGGGCGGCGACGAGGAGGCGGGGGCGGCGCCCGCGCUCGUGGUGAGGCACCUCCGCAAGGUCUUCCCGGCGGCGAAGCCCGGCGACGCGGACGUCGUCGCCGUGCGCAACAACUGCUUCCGGGUGCGCCGCGGCGAGUGCUUCGGGCUGCUGGGCGCCAACGGCGCGGGCAAGUCGACGACGCUGAACAUGAUCAUUCGGCACACGGUGCCGUCGGCCGGGGACGCGCGGAUCAUGGGCCACUCCGUGCUCGACGACUUCGACGCGGCCGCGAAGCACCUGGGCGUCGUCGACCAGCACAACACGCUCUGGGACUCGCUGAGCGCCCAGGACCACCUCGAGCUCUUCGCCAUGCUCCGGGGCUGCCCGCGCGGCGAGGCGCGCGCGCUCGUCGACGCGUGUCUGGAGGAUCUCGAGCUGAAGCCGCACGCGGCGAAGCUGAGCCGCGACCUGAGCGGCGGCAUGAAGCGCAAGCUCUGCUGCGCCAUCGCGCUGAUCGGCGACCCGGCCUGCGUGCUCCUCGACGAGCCGUCCGCGGGCCUCGACCCCGUCGCGCGGCGGAACCUGUGGAACGUGCUGGGCGCGACGAUGUCCGCGCGGGGCGUCGUGCUGACGUCGCACCUCAUGGACGAGGUCACGGUGCUCUGCGACCGCAUCUCCAUCAUGACCAAGGGCACGAUGCGCUGCCUGGGGACGCCCCAGCAUCUGGUGGACGCGUACGGGCGCCACUACGAGCUCACCUUGGUCCACACGCUCGACGCGGACCCCGCGAAGCUCGACGAGUUCGUCCACGCGUCCUUCGCCAAGCGGAGCGCGCUCGACAGCGUCAUGCAGAACCGGCGGACCUACCUCAUCGACCGCGACGCCGUCGACGUCGCGAGCGCGUUCCGGUCUUUGGAGAAGCGGAAGAAGGCGCUGGGGGUCGACGAGUACGCGUUCAACCAGCCGUCGCUGGAGCAGGUCUUCCUGAAAUUCGCCGCGUCCGCGCGCGACGACUUCCUCGAGGCCGAGCCCGUCACGGCGAAGCCCCACGGCAACUUCGGCGAGGACGCGGGCGACGCCGAGGCGCCGGCCGCGCUCACGCGCGGGACGUCGUUCUCCCACAAGCGCGGGCGAUAA